UCUGCCCCCACAGAGUAUUUCUUUCAGUGUGCUGGUCUGCUCCUCCCACACGGUGUCAAAGGAGAGGAUUACAGAUUUUAACUCUUCUAUGAACCCUGAAGGUCCGUCCCGGUUCAAGGAGAAACUGUCCUGUGUUAUAUUUUCAAUUAUCAUCAUUUAAAAAAACGUCAAGGGAGUUAGUUUAAACCUCUCGAGUUUAAAGUGUUCGUCGCUGUUGCAGUAAAUCUGAUGUGCGCUGCUGCUUCGUCACUGACGGACGCUCAAAGUUACUUCAAAGACUUCUAUGAAUUAUCAGAAAAGUCCGAAAGAGAAGAAGACACCAUGUCAUCAUGUUGGAAAUAACUGACUGACAAAGAGCUGCUUCUACUUUCAACAUAACCAAGGAUAUAAAGACUGUCGUGGAGGUUUCUCAGUCCUGUGUGGGAUGUUAACGGACUGGUGGCGCGUUGAGGCUGAAGGAGCAUGGUGAAACACCAACCCUUACAGGUCUAUGAGAAGCAGGUCUUUCUGUCCUUUGUCACUGGAGUCUAUGGUUGGCGCUGGAAACGCUACCAACGUUCCCAAGACGACAGCUCCAGGUGGGAGUGUACAUGGUUCAGCCUCCUGUGCAGUUCUUUCAUCCUGUUACUCUUCUGGGCUUACUUCUGGCUGGUGGCUCAAAAUGACAUCAACGAGUUCAACAUGUCGGUGUACAACCACUCUGGACAUUGGAGCGAUGAGACAAUCCCGCUCCUGGCAUCCACCACCAUAGGAUUCAGCUACAUCACAUUCUUACUGCUCUUGGCUUUCUUCCAUAUCUCUUUGGGUCAGCAGCUGAACCUCUACUGGGUUCACAAGAUUGGAGUGUUAGCAACUCUUCUCACCACCAUCUCCGGUAUCGUGUCUGUUGAUGAAUUGUGGAGAGAUGAGUGGGAAAUCGUGCUUGUGUCACUGCAGGCAACAGCUCCUUUCCUGCACAUCGGAGCUCUGACAACAGUCACAGCUAUCAGCUGGUUGAUAGCUGGAUAUGUGGUCCGCAGAGAGAGGUCUACUUUCCAGGUGAUGGUGCUGCUGAUCUACACCCUCCUCCUCCUGGCUCUUUAUCUAGCUCCACUCACAUUCACCUGCCCCUGCAUCAUGGACCGACACAGCCUCAAAGCUCGACCUGAGGUCAUUGGUCGACGAGGAGCUCCUAUGCUGGCUCCUGAAAACACCUUGGUGUCCUUUAACAGAGCGCUGCAGCACGGGGCCGGCUCUCUGGAGGCAGACGUCAGCAUCAGUGUGGACGGCGUUCCCUUUCUUAUGCGUGACAGCACCCUGAGAAGAACCACAGACAUCAGUAAGGUUUUUCCAUCCAGACAGUACGACGACGCCUCUUCCUUCAACUGGACAGAGAUCCGCUCUCUAAACGCAGGACAGUGGUUUUUAGAGAGUGACCCCUACUGGACAGCAACAACCCUGACGAGUAGAGACAGAACACGAAUAGCCAACCAGACGGUCUGCAGUCUGGUGGAAAUGCUGCGUCUGGCAUCCAGGGCCAACAGCUCUGCCCUUCUCGACAUACGCAGGCCUCCACCAGAGCACCCCCGCCACCGGAGCUGGUUCAUGGACACGCUGUGGGCCGUGCAGAAAGCAGGGAUCUCCCAGAAGAGGGUGAGGACUGUGACGUGGACCCCCGACACCGACAGGGGGAGAGUGCGAGGGCUGCAGCAGGGUGCAAAUGAGAAGCUGUCAAUCAAAGAGAUAAGACAGAGAGGAAUCACGAGCCUGAACCUCCACUACAGCAUGGCUAACCACGGAGACAUAGAGGAGUAUCUGGCCAAUAAUGUGAGUGUGAUGGUGUACCCGGUGAAUGAGCCCUGGCUUUACUCCAUAUUGUGGUGCAGCGGGGUGCACUCUGUGUCCUCUGAUGCCCCCCAAGUCCUCCGAAAGGUGCCUUACCCCAUCUGGCUCAUGAGCCAUCACGCUUACAACUUUAUCUGGAUCACCUCAGAUCUGGUCUCCCUCUCUGUAGUCAUAGGGAUCUUCUGUUAUCAGAAGUGGAAGAUGAGCGGGAUGCAGAACUAUAACCCAGAGCAGAUCAUGCUGAGCGCAGUGACACGUCGGACCAGUCGGGAAGUAAACAUCAUGAAGGAGAAGCUCAUAUUCUCAGAUAUUAACAACGGACUGGACAGCACAGACGAGCUCUCUCUGUAUCCUGAAAACGGGUAUGCAAGAUAUACUCAUGGAGGCCUCAGUCACUAAACACAACUCCCCACAGCAGGAGAACUGUGGAUGUUAGUUUAUUUCAGAGUUUUACAGACUGGAUGUUGUUUCUUCAUCGGAGGAAACUGACCUUUGAGUCAACAAAGCCUGAAGAUGAAACAUCAGAUCUUCAGUGUGGAUGAUGAACUUUUCUUCAACUCAUCAGUUUUCAAAUAACUUGCUCUGGGCAGGUUGUAUAUAACAUACUGUGUGUCUGAUAUAAUGUUACUGUGUUUAUAUCUCCCAUAAUACUGCACAAGACUGUGUUGAAGAAGAUCAGAGAAGAAAAUAGACAGGAGCGUCUGUUAUAAUCAGGAUUUUGUGGGUAAUGAAGUCAAACUGUCAGUAUCUGUGCCUGGCAUUCAAACAGAUCAGAAAAGGAACAUUCAGUCAAAAUAUUAGUUUUAUUAUUAUAUUAUUUUUGCAUAUUCAAAUUGAAUGUUGGGUUGAUUUAUUUAUAAGUUAAUUAAUUAUUAUCAUUUUUAUUUCUGGCACAAAAAGUGAAAGUGUUACUUUAUUGCUGACAUUUCAACUUUAUCCUCAACAUUUCCACUUCACCUAAAUAUUUCAGCUUCAGUUUAAAAAGGCUUUUUUUUAAAAACCUAUACCCCAACGAAGUCCUCUUUAAGACCAACAGUCUUAUACUCAUUCUUCAAAAAUAAGGUUCUCUUUAGAUUAACCUUUAAAGUAAUUUCCUUACUUUCAAUGUUGAACAAAGUAAGCAUGUCACAGCUUGAACACACGGCUGAUAUAUUUGUCUAUUUUAUCCUUUAUUGGGUCAGCUGACAACACAUGUCUCAGAGACAUGAUUUCAAUCCGGAGAGGCUUCAUUGUGAGUGAACCAUCAUUCAUUUUACAAGUUUAAAAAGUGUGACAAAUGUGUCAGUGUCUUUGAGGAUUAGACUCCAUCGUCAUGUCGUCAUGCACUCAAAGAGGUAGUGAGGUCGAGAGCAGGAUAGGAUACUUCCCUAGGGAGUCUGGACACUGGUGGUGGUGGUGGUGAAGGAAGGAUGCAAGGUGAGAUGAGGCGCUGGAGCUAGAACGAGGAACACAGGGGAACAGUUAGAAUUUUUGGUAGCAGCAGGCUGAUUGGUAGAUAUAUAUUGAGGCUAAAUCUGAUUGGUUUAGUGCUUGAAAGAGAUAACACCCAUAAUUUGCUGGUAACUGAAGAACAGAGAGGGACUGACGUGAAUGAAUGAUGACUUAAAGAAUGAAUGAAUGAGUAUGAAGCAAUGUUAACUUACACUUAGCCUCCUUUUUCAAAUGUUUUAUUAUAAUUUUUUACCUUUGAUCUGUUGAUGGAGUGAAAUUUGUGUUUCUCUUUUUCAACACGUCUUUGAUUCCUAAUUAAAGAAAUAACAAUUAUAAAAAUAAAAAUAAAAAGUGAAGAAUAGUUAGCUUGAGUGACUUUUGAAAAAGUUAAAUUUUAACCACUAAAUGCUAAACUUUUGUAUUUUCCAUGUACUUGGCUGGUGUUUUAUAAAUGUUAAAGCUGUGUAGUGUUCUGUAUAACUCACUGAUGUAUAUAUGAGCUGUUUUGAUUUUGUUUUUUCCCACAUAUUAUUUAUAUAUGUUUUACAUUUGCAUUUAUUAUUAUUAUUAUUAUUAUAAUGACUGAUGUUUUGGACAGAUACAGGCAAAUGUAAAGACUUCUGUCCUUGCUGUUUGUUUGUCUGGGUGUGGGGGGGAUUUAAGGGUAUAAUAUCAUCAAUGAUUUCUUCUUUGUCUCUGCCUCUCAUCUGUCACAAUACGACUGAUUUAAUAUGUAGUUAUAUGUAACAACUUUCACAUGGCUGCCUUUUUGUUACAUGAAUGGACUGUUAGAAUAUGGAGGGUUGUGUUUUUGUGUGUUGUGUUUUAACAGGGUCAUGGAUUGAAGAUACAUCUAGACUUUUAGCUGCAGACAUGUUAAGUGUUCAAUAAAAGUGAUGUUUGCUCUUUAAACACUG